AUGGCGACAACGGGUGGCGCCUCGACCAGUGCAAAAGAGAAAGACAUCGACCAUGACGAUCUCUGUCCCAUCUGCCAUUUGCUCUUAUACAGGCCAGUCCGCACAAGAUGUAACCAUACAAUGUGCGAGUCUUGUAUGGCUCAAUGGGCAGAUGUAUCAAUCUCGUCCCAGUUGGCUCAUGUCGGCUUGGAUGACGAAGCUACAGUCUUCCUUCCUCACGAAGUUGAAACACGUUGUCCCAUGUGCCGGACAUCCACCAACUCCCUACCUGACCCGACUAGGGAGAGGGCUCUUCAGCGUGACUAUCCUUCAUCCUAUCAGGCACGAGAGGUCGAGACCAAAGCGGGCGAGGAAGACGACUUUGGCUCAACCGUCGAGACCUUGACCGUCUACAUCGGAAACGAACACACAGAGAUCAGGGCCGCCGAGGGCUCAAACAACAAGCAUCAGUGGAAGUUCUUCGUUCGCCCUUCACGAAAUGACCUGAUCGAAGAGAUCCAAAUCUUUCUGCAUCCUACAUUCAGAAACCCCAUUAUCGUGCUUGACAGACCGCCCUACGCCGUUACACGGCUGGGAUGGGGCUACUUCACGAUAUAUGCGAAUGUCAUCUUGAAGGCCGGCUAUAGCUGGCUUAGUUCCGACGCCGAAGACACCCGUGAUGGUGCUCCGAAAGGGAAGUUACCAUUGGAAUGGCAGUUAGAUUUCACCGGCCGUGGAUCUCAAGGGCGACUGAGACUGAAAGUGAAAAAGGAGAAAGAAGGCCAAGAAGUCGAAGACGCAGCACAGAGGGAACAGAUCCAGCGACUUUGGGCAAGGCAGCGAGAGACGGAUCCCGAUUACGCAGAUCCUGGUGAAGGGUGA